CGACGCGACGACUCGCAGCGGCGCGCGACCCACCCACCGAGCCAGCGAUCCUUUGGCUUGCCUUCCAUGGCGCUCGCGUCCACCACCAUGCUGGCCGCGACGACUCUCCCGCGGCUCCUGCCCGGCUCUUCUUAUCCCUACGCAUCGCUCUACCUGCAGCCCCGUGGCAGCAGCUACUGCGGUAAUGGUUGCGGGGCGCGCAACGCCGACCUCCGCUGCCGCCGCCGGCUCCUCACGGCGCGAGGCGAGCGCCCGCCUCCCGACGACGAGGACGAGCAAGAUCAGCAGGAUCCGUCGUCGGCACCUGCUGGGGGGUUCGACGCGGCGGUGGCGCUGUUCAACCGCGGCGAGUACCACGCGUGCCACGACGUGGUGGAGGAGCUCUGGUACGGCGCCGAGGAUCCCGCGCGGACGCUCCUCCACGGCGUCCUCCAGUGCGCCGUCGGGUUCCACCACCUCUUCAACCAGAACCACCGCGGCGCGAUGAUGGAGCUCGGUGAGGGCCUCUGCAAGCUCCGCAAGCUCAACCUCGACGACGACGACCCCUUCUCCCGGUUCCGGGAAGAGGUCGCCGACGUGCUGCAGUUCCUCUACCGCACCCAAAAGGAGCUCGCCGCGUGCACCGAUUACCUUUGUUUAACCAUGGAUGGCUCGCCGAGCUCGUACCAGCUGCUCGGCAACUUCGCCGCCGGCCAGCAACUCUACCGGUUUGAAGCUGAUGAUACAGACAACGGCGCUUCUAGCAUCAUCUUUUCCGUAUCUGACGAUCGCACUGCACAGGAAGCUCAUCAUAGAGUGAAACUUCCGACAUUACAUGCCACGGAGCAAAAUCUGACAGAUCUUCAAUGUGCCUACCAACAUAUAUAGCUAGCUCAUCAAGUUGCGUGUUUCAGCUGAGGUUCGGUCGAGUGCCGUGGCUGGACCAUUUAUCUACCAAUGUAUAUAUAUGUAGCCUAGCACAUCAAUUUACGUUUUUCAAUAUGUGUUACCUAUCUCACUGAGUUACGGUUUUGAACGAGAUCUA